UGUCGUGAUUGUUCACUUGAUCAAUGAAUAGUUUCUCUGUUGAUUUAUUUAUAUAGUCUGAGAUCAUGCCUCCCACAUUCCAGGUACAAAUGUUCAAGCACGUUUCUAUUCUACUCAUUAUAGAGUUUUGUGCAAUUGUUGUUCAAAACGUUAGGAUAAAAGAAAAAAUGAAAAACGAUAUGAAAAAAUAUUGAUAACAAUAAUCAGACACACGCCCACAAGCCAUGGACCCAUGUAGCGGUGCUCAGGAUAUCAUGAGGUGUGACCUCUGCGACACAACAGCGGUACACAUGCACUGCGGGACGUGCCUCACCAACCUGUGCAAGUCCUGUGUUGGAGACCACAUCUCAAUGGAAGAGUCCAUGGAUCACAAAGUUGUGAGAUAUCAAUCCAGAAAAUCCGGGUCUUUGUACAUGUCAUGUGCAUCUCACAGGGCGAGACGAUGUGGGGUGUACUGUUCACAUUGUGACAAACCCGUCUGUUCUGUCUGCCUAGCGUCUGGCGAUCACACGGGUCACACAGUAUCACAGCUCCUAGACGUUUUCAACAGCAGAAGAGGAUCGAUACUGAAAGAAAACAGGGAUCUGGAAGACGACAUUUUACCAACCUACGAACAGGAAGCGUUGGAGGCCAAGAGCAGAAUGAGUUUGCUUGAGAAUCAACACAGGGACCGUUUAGCAUACAUAUCGGAGCAUGGCCUGAAAUUUCACAAGGAAGUCGAAAACGUUGUUACUGAUCUCAAACGACGAGUCAGCGAAGCGAAGCGGCAACAGCUGGAGACUCUAGAGAAACAUUUGGCUGAAAUUUACCAAACAAUCUCUUUGAUUCGACAAACAGUAAGUGAAAACGCAGAAAUGUUGGAGUCAUUGGAACUUUCUAAAAGUUUUCAACAAGAAAACAUGAAUGAAUUUAAACUCCCCCCUCCUAAGUAUUGUCCGUCUUUACCCCAGUUUAAACCAAACCAAAUCGGAAUAGAGCAGUUAUCCAUGCUAUUUGGAACUUUGUCGAAAACUCCAUAUAACGACAUAAUCACGGAAACGCCAACAACCGGCGCCACAGAUAAUUCUCCGAGUACUGAGAACGAAUAUAUCUCUGAUCUAGAGGAUCCAAUCAACGAACCAAAAACCACCGAGCACCACUUCUUCAAUCAAAAACAUGGUGAAGCAGAAGAGCAUGUCACAGAUAUGACUGAAUCAGAUCAUGAACCCGAGGUUUAUGUUCCAAACUAUCGGAUUAUGAAUAAAACAAAGAAAGAGAUUAGAGCACCAGGUCCUUCUCCAAAAUUACCGGAAGCUGAUCCAGCGCCAAACACUCGGUCCAAAUUACCGGAAGUUGAUUCAGCGCCAAACACUCGGCCCAAAUUACCGGAAGCUGAUACAGCGCCAAACACUCGGCCCAAAUUACCGGAAACUGAUACAGCGCCAAACACUUGUCCAAAAUUACCGAAAGCCCAAUCCGUACCACCAGUGGUCAAAGAACCACAUAAUCGUGAUCCCAGUCAGACAUCGCUUAAAUCUGUCAAUUCGUCUGUCGAGAACUUUUUCGUGGAACCGAUAAUACUUGGGACGAUGGACACCGACUACUCAAUGUUGUACAACGUGACCGGUCUUAGUUGCGAGGAGAUAUGGACUAGCGGAAAUGGCCGUUUCAUGAAAUUGUAUAGCAUCAGUCAAGGUCUUCUACUAAAGAAAGUUAGAACGGAGUCAAAAAAUACUCCCACAGAUAUCGCUGUAACGAACAACGGGGAUUUAGUGUACACUGACGGGGAGAGAAAGACGAUCAAUGUUCUGAAGCGUGAUACGAUAGAGGAGAUGAUCAGACUGAAGAACUGGAAACCUCUCAACAUCUACAGCGCCUCCUCUGGUGACCUCCUCGUCACGAUGCACAGUGAUGACUAUAAACAGGCAAAAGUCGUUCGUUACUCUGGAUCCGACGAGAAACAAACCGUUCAAUUUGAUGAGCGGGGCAGGGCUUUGUACUCCUGUAACAGCAAAAUUAAAUACGUCACGGAAAACGAAAACUUAGACAUCUGUGUGGCUGAUCAAGGAGCAAAAACGGUCGUAGUAGUCAACCAUGCCGGGAAAUUGAAAUUCACGUACACUGGACAUACUCCUGCUCCCAAGAACAAAUCAUACCGUCCGUAUGGAAUCGCCACAGACAGCCGCGGAAACAUUCUUACAGCAGACGAUUACAAUCAGUGUGUUCACGUCAUUGACCGGAAUGGGAAGUUCCUCGCAUACAUAGAGUGUGGAUUACGAUAUCCCUGGGGACUUUAUGUAGACACAAACGACAACCUUUUGGUUGCAGAGGAUACCAAAGUUGCAAAAAUUCGUUAUCUGAAUUAGAAAGUCUAUCAACUGCUUAUCUUUUAGUGCAAAAUAUGCGUUAUGCCACAGGGGCUCGUCACGAAUUGACCCUCUCUAUUCUAUAUUCACACUGUAAAUAUAGAAUAGACGAUGUCAAAUGUUAAUAUCACAAGACAAAAGUUUCGUUACGAGCCCCAUGUGGUUAUGCUGGAAAAUUUUCCUCUUCCUCAAAUCACUUGAAUUUCAAUGAAAAUUGAUUUGCA